AUGCAGCUCAAAAUCUGCUUGCCACUCCUUCUCAUCUUGGGUGCCGGAGCCGGCCAUGACCAGGCUACUUUGACUGAUGUUCAUGGGAAGAUUGGCCACAAGAAGAAGCACCACAGGCAUGCAUCCCAUGCGCACAAGAAGCUCCCCAUCAGCGCGGUGGGCAUUGCAUCCACAGUGAACAAGGCUAGCCCGUUGAAGGAGCUUCAUGAGGUGAUUCAGGCUCCAGAGAAGGAUCCAGUGGCUUUGAGCCGAGUAGAAGAUCUCGAGGAGGUCCAGGAACUGCCCGAGGCUGUCGAAACAAAGACGGCAGAAUCCAAGAAGACCAAGCCUGCCAAGGCCAAGGCUCCCCUGAAGGCCCAGGUUGAUCCCUCCAUGCCCUUUACUGAGCUGGAGCCCUUCGGUCGAGAGGCGACAGGCCAAGAACUGACAGAGGCUUCCAUCAGGGAAAGUGACGCGAUGAUCGAUCAGAUUGAAAAGGCCGAGAUUGCAGAGGAGGAGCGCUCGGUCUUCCGGGCGCUGACCCGCCUGCGCGGCGCCGCCUUGGCCUCCUUCGACGGCAUCGCAAGAGCUCAUCAACACAACAUCCAAGAGUAUGCUCUGGAAAACCAGUACCGAAAAGUACAUCCAGUUCAACACCUUGCAGAGGAGGAGGCCGAUGUCUCCCGCUGGGCCUUCCCCUCCAACGCCGAUUGA